GAAACAAUAAAAGCUUGUACCUUCUUAUUUCUACAGAGUAUUUGGAAUCUUGAAAAGGCAUCCUUAAACCAGACACAAUAAAAUUUUGGCCCAAGAAUGUAGACAUCUCAACAUUUUAUUCAGAAAAAGCAACAUGUUAGAUCUCUUGACUUUUACCAUUUUAACCUUAACGUCUAUCUGCAGUAGGCAUCGGAGUAGAUCUCUACUAAGCAAAGAAAAAGAAAGGGGGUGCGGGUCAAAUCUGCAUCUUUGCGCCCUUUACUUACUUCAAGGGAUGGUGCGUCUGAUACAUGAACAUCAUCGGUAAGAUCUCGAGGCUUACUGGACGAAAUUCGAUCAAAAAUGAAAACUUUGGAUAUUUUUUAACUAAUCAGGUUUAUCCAUCUAAGAUUAAAAAGAACAAGUUGUUAUUUAGGAGAGUGACAUUUAACCAUAUUGAUAAUUAUUGGACAUCUUUUCUUAAGGAUUUAGUGAAUUGAACUCCAAGUUUUUGGUUAUUACUUCACACUAAUGCAAUCAAGAACUAAUUUGCACACAUAUGUAUAUUUAUAUAUAUAUGCAAAUAUUGAAUGAAGAUAUAAACAACAUACAUUAACAGUAACAAUGAUCAUGAAGAUCAGUUUCUUAUUAGCAUUUUCAAUUUACAUUUGUCUAUGCAUGGCAAAAGAUAGUGAUAAUCUCUAUGAUGUUUGUCCUACCGAUACAACGCGUAAGAACAUCUUCAUAAAUGGUUUUCCAUGCAAGAAUCCAGCACAAAUUACUGCUUCUGAUUUCAAAAGCUCUGUUUUGAGCAAGGAAGGUGACACGGAUAACUUUCAACGUUCAUCGACAACAUUAGUCACUGCUGCAGAAUUUGCAGGACUCAACACUCUCGGGUUAUCUGUUGCCAGGACUGAUCUGGAUGUAGAUGGCAUGAUAAUGCCACAUGCUCAUCCACGAGCUUCCGAGAUGAUGUUUGUUGGCAAAGGAGUGGUGAUUGUUGGAUUUAUCGACACGAAAAGCCAAGUGUUCCAAAAGACUCUUAAACAAGGUGAUGUGUUUAUUGUCCCUAGAGGACUUCUACAUUAUAACUUGAAUUCGGGGUUCGAAUUAGCCACUGUGUACUCAGUGCUAAGCAGCCAGAAUCCUGGUAUGUUGAGUAUAUCUGAUGCAAUGUUUGCACCAGUUCUUUCGGAACCCAUGAGGGACUUGAUGAAGAAUCUGUUUUCGCGUUCAAAAUUGGGAACGAACCAGAUUAAAAAUGUGACAUCGUUUCGUUGUUAAACUUCAUAACUUCGAGCAUUUUCGUUUCUAGUAUAAAACUUGUGCCAAAUAUUUAUGACAGUCAUCGCGAAAUUUAUAUGUAUAUCUGUACUGUAUAUGACUACUGAAUAUUAUCUUGUCUUGAACUUUCAA